UUUGUACCGUACGUAACGAGUUGACGGACGAUGUGUGCGUGUGUCUUUCGCUGAUCGCGCGGAUUGACGAGAUCCGGGGUUCUGCUUGAUCCCGUACCGAGCCGUGGGUUCAGUUGAGCCUUACUCAUUGAAGAUGUCGGUUUGAAAGUUUGUAACGUGUCGUCCGCAAGUAGGCAAGUAGAGAAACAAAAAAAAAACAAAGAGUGCGAGAGAAAAGGAACAUCUUACCGUUCGAGCGAGUUUGCGAAGCCGAGAAAAAGUGGGAGGAAACGAGAUUACGGUGUGUUCCGAAUACCGUCCGCUUUUGUUAGUGCAACUGGGGGUGUUAUCAUACACUUACGGUACGUGUGACCGACUUUCCGGAGUUCCCUGUUCUUUACUGUGUUCCAAAAAUUUUGAAUUAUAUGAGGUCCUGUGAGGGCAGAAGGUGGUGUACUUGAGUGCAAAUACAUGUGAAACAAAAUUUCAUAUCCGGCUUUAGGAAGCUUGAGAAAAGAAUUGCGACCAAUGAUUACCAGAAACGGGUAUAGAAUACAAUAGUGAUCGAAAGAAACAUCCCAUCCGGUCGAAAAUUCACUCUAGUAACAUCCGAAGCUGACAGGCGAUCGUGGUGUGUUGCUGUGGUUGCAGAGAAAGUACCCUAGAAAAGCCCAAGCACGCGCGAUCCUCCGAGUCCAAGAUGCCCUGCAGCGCGGUUACGUUGUCUCUCGCGACGAUAUCCGCCAUUAUUGCUGUUGCCCUGCUGGCAAUCGCCUUCUCCACAGAUAAUUGGCUUAGCUACGAAGUGAAGCGGAAUAACAUACAGACAUUUAUAGCCAAACAUCCAGACGCGUCAGCCCUCACAGAUGCCUUCAACAACAGGCUCAUAUACUACACUAGGACACGUGGUCUCUUCCGAUACUGCUAUCCGAAGGAAAAACCUCCAGCGUCAUCGGUUCAAAUUUAUCUUUCUCCGGUGGAAACGCACUGCUCCAACAUAGACUACUUCCCCCAAACAGAAGAAGAUAAAUCUUCACCAUCAUUCAAUGAGGAUAUCAUGGCACGUUUGCACCUGGCCCGUUCCGUCAUAGCCGCCUUCAUUCUCAGCUUCGUAGCCAUUUUUUGCGCGUUUUGGACAGGUCUGUCAGGUUGUUGGAAACGGUCGGCCGGUGCAAUCACGGCGACGGCAAUUCUCAUGUUGACCGCUUGCUUACUGGCUGCAGGCGCUAUGGGUCUCUGGCAUACGGUCGAGUUCUUCGAGAAGGAAAAAGUCGUCGGUGAUGAUUUCUAUCAGAGCUGGACAACAGUACUCCGAGAUAACACUCGCACCUCGUAUGACUGGUCCUACAUCGUGGCCUGGGCUGGCGUGGCAUCCAGUUUAUUAGCAUCGAUUCUCCUGUCCGGAGCAGCAGUUUGCCUGCGAGGCGAACGUGAGAAGGAAGAGCAACUUAAUCUUCAGUAUCUGAUGCCAGUGUAUCCACAAAAGCAGCCUCCCUACCCAUAUGGUGGUUUUCCUCAGCCUCAGCUCUACCCGCAGCCAUACUAUCACGGAUCGCAAUACGGACCGUAUAACUAUUAAUUGGAUGAGUUUGAGUAAAAAAAUGCGACCUCUGAUCUACCACCCGUCCCUGUGUGCCUGUUGUCUGCUCCGAGCAUUCGGUUCUAUUCGAAAUUUCGGUUUGAUUAGAGAUCUAGCGAGAUCUUAAUGAAGUGAGAUGAAAACGUAGCGCUUAGAAAAAACACUCGAAUCAACGAGUCUCCUCAAACUCUCCAGUGCCUAGUGCUCUCGCUUUUAUAUUCGUUAGCUUACAAAAGUGUCCCAGAGAUAGCGGAGAGAACGAAUUUUUUACUCAGCCAGGAUAUAGCACAAGUCUUUCCCAUUUCAACGCUUCCUCAUCCUCCGCCAGGACCGAUACUGUGUAUUUUUUGGACAAAAACAGGUGUCAUUCUUUCGUGUGAAGCUAUUCUAUUGAAUUUUUAUUUUUACUGUCUAUGUUUAAGUUUAGACGUUUACUUUUUAAAAUUUAAUACAAAACAACGCAAUUAGAGAUUAAGAUUUUUUUUUAUUUUUUUUUUCGUGAAAAAUAACGACGAUAAAGAAGGUGAGAAAUUUAAUGCGUAAUGCUGGUUUGUAUUAUGUGUAGAGAGUAAUUUUAUUGUACGAUGUAGGAUGAUAACGAUAACCGAAGGAGGAAGAAAAUAUAUUUUAGUUAUAAACCGAUA